CUCGCGGGGCGGCGGCUGUGGCGGCGGCGGCGGCAAGCGAGAAGGGGGACAGGGAGAGUGGUAGUUUGAGGUGUGGAGAGCGGCUGAGAGACCUGAGGGGGAGCUGGGCCCGAGGCCGCCGCCGCCGCCAUGCAGGAAAUCAUCGCCAGCGUGGAUCACAUCAAGUUCGACUUGGAGAUCGCCGUGGAGCAGCAGCUCGGGGCGCAGCCGCUGCCCUUCCCCGGCAUGGAUAAGUCGGGGGCUGCUGUCUGUGAAUUCUUUUUGAAAGCUGCCUGUGGCAAAGGGGGCAUGUGCCCAUUCCGCCACAUUAGUGGUGAGAAGACAGUUGUGUGCAAACACUGGCUGAGAGGAUUGUGCAAGAAGGGGGACCAGUGCGAGUUCCUGCACGAAUAUGACAUGACCAAGAUGCCCGAGUGCUACUUCUACUCCAAGUUCGGGGAAUGCAGCAAUAAGGAGUGCCCUUUCCUGCACAUCGACCCUGAAUCCAAGAUCAAGGACUGCCCUUGGUAUGACCGCGGCUUCUGUAAGCAUGGUCCCCUGUGUAGGCAUCGGCACACCCGGAGAGUCAUUUGUGUGAACUACCUUGUUGGAUUCUGCCCUGAGGGACCAUCAUGUAAAUUCAUGCACCCUCGAUUUGAACUGCCCAUGGGAACCACCGAGCAACCCCCACUACCACAGCAGACACAGCCUCCAACAAAGCAAAGUAACAAUCCGCCAUUACAAAGGUCGUCCUCCCUGAUCCAGUUAACGAGUCAGACCUCUUCUCCCAAUCAGCAGAGAGCCCCGCAGGUCAUUGGGGUCAUGCAGAGUCAAAACAGCAGUGCAGGCAACCGGGGACCCCGGCCGCUGGAGCAAGUCACUUGCUACAAGUGUGGUGAAAAAGGACACUACGCCAACAGAUGCACCAAAGGGCAUUUGGCCUUUCUCAGUGGACAGUGACAGCAGCAACAGCAGCAGCAGCUGGAAUCACUGUGGAGCAGCCUGAGGACCCUGCUGUUGGGAGCAUGCACUUAGCUGCUGACUGUAGGACUGGCGGGACUCUGGCUGCAGCUGCAGGCAUACCUGUCAGGGCUCGCUUUGAGGGGCCAUGUCUGUCCUUUCAUUUUGCCUUUUUUUUUUUUUUUAAAGGACCAUGUGCUUCAGUUGUGUCCCCUGAGCCAGAGUUUGCCUGGACAUCAGUGCCUAGUUUUUUUAUCUUUAUUUUUUAUUUCUUUGGACUCCCCGCACAUUGCCCUGUUGGGGAGAGGAGCUGGGAAGGGCUGUGCUUGGUCCGAGUGGGAGAGCUGGCGGUUCCCCUCAGGGCCUCAUUUAAACACCAGCACCUAAAGAGGAUGGGCGGAUCAUGUGGGGCUGCGGCCAGGUCAGCCUGCUUUCCCUUGUCCUGCUGACAUCUGAAGCUGUGCCUGUGAAUGUGAUCUGAACACAGAGCCCUUCCUGACAGACCGCAGCACCCACUGCCCGGCCCGGCCCAGCCCCCCAGGCUGGGCUGCUUCUCUGGGCUUGCUUGCUUGUGCAGCACCUUCAGCCAGUGCUGCAGACCACCCUGGAAUAGCCGACCCAGUUGAUCUGCGCCUACCUCCUGCCAAGCAAGCUCUGUGCUGUCGCUCAGACACCUGUGGCAUGCAGAGGCUGCCCAUCCUUGAGCCUAGAAAAUGUGAAUCCAUCACCUGCAACCUGCUGGGCGAGUGGGCCUAUCCAGUUCAGUUAUAAGAAUACUUUCUAUGAAGUUGAUUAAAAAGCUUGUUUUUUA